AUGUCAUUCUACGAGGGGAACCAUCUUGGGGGCACCCCCGGCCUGCUCCCCAAGCCAUAUUACUGGUGGGAGGGUGGCGCCCUCAUGGGCUCGCUUAUUGACUAUUGGUACUAUACUGGCGACACGCAGUGGAACGAUGUCGCUCAGGAUGGACUGUUAUUUCAGACUGGGCCGAACAACGACUACAUGCCUCCGAACCAAACCGUGACGGAGGGCAACGAUGAUCAGGGUUUCUGGGGUAUGGCUGUUCUCUCCGCCGCGGAAACCAAUUUCCAAAACCCGCCGGAUGGCAAACCGCAGUGGCUCGCGCUCGCACAGGCCGUCUUCAACACCCAAGCCGCCCGCUGGGAGACCCGGUACUGCGGAGGCGGGUUGAGGUGGCAAAUAUUUACCUGGAACAACGGGUACAACUACAAGAACUCCAUCUCGCAAGCCUGUUUCUUCAACAUCGCCGCACGGCUUGCGAGGUACACCGGAAACCAAUCGUAUGCCCACUGGGCCGAGAAGACCUGGGACUGGAUGGUGACCACCAAGCUGUUGGACACGAGGACUUUUUACAUUUACGACGGCAUGCACAUUGAGAACUGUUCCCGUAUCACGCCGUAUCAGUGGACGUAUAACGCGGGCGCAUUCCUCCUCGGCGCAGCAGCCAUGUACAACGCCAGCACGACGGCCGCCCAAGCCGAAACCUGGCGGGAGCGCGUGGACGGCCUGCUCAAUGGCUCGCUCCUCUUCUUCACCGGCGCCACGAAGGACAUCAUGACGGAGGUAGCCUGCGAGCCCGUCGAUCUGUGUGAUCUUGACCAACAGAGCUUCAAGGCCUACCUGGCCCGCUGGAUGGCCGCCACGACCAAGUGGGCGCCCUGGACGUACGGCCGCAUCAAGCCGCUGCUUGAGGCGUCGGCCAUCGCGGCGACGUCGACCUGUACCGGUGGCGACAACGAUCGCAUGUGCGGGCUGAAGUGGAACACGCGGAAGUGGGAUGGCACGACGGGCGUCGGGCAGCAAAUGGCCGCGAUGGAGGUCAUCCUCGCAAAUAUGAUCGAGCGUUCUCCACCACCGGUCACAGACUGGGACGGAGGCACCAGCGUCGGUGACCCCGCAGCAGGUGGUAAUGGUGCUGGUGCUGAUAUUGGGCGGAAGGGCCGAGCAUUCCACGCCGUGUCGGACGCCGAGAGAGCGGCAUACCCGCACAAGGACCCCAUCCUGGGGCUGGAUGCCUUCUUCGAUUCACUGCGUGCUCUGAGCAGCCACAGUCUCCUUGACCUCUACGCCCAGCGGUUCGCGUCAUGUGGCUCUACCUACUCGAUGACCGCCCUGGGUAGCUCGGUGCUCGUCACCAACGAGGUGGAAAACAUCAAGACCAUCCUAGGCACCAACAUGGUCGACUGGCCCAUCGACGGCCCGCGGCUCUAUUGCACACUUCCCGUUCUCGGCCCGAACAGCAUCUUCAGCAGCAACGGCGCGGCCUGGCACAAGGCGCGGGCUAUGCUUAAACCAUCGUUUGUGCGGAACCAGAUAUCCGAUCUCAAGUGUUUUGACCGGCACAUUCGCAACAUGCUCGCCACUAUCCCGGCAGACGGCGUGACAUUCGAUCUCCAGAGCCUCCUGUUCGACAUGACCAUGGACUCCUCGACCGACUUCAUGCUUGGGCAUUCGACCGGCCUUCUGACCCAAGCUUCACCCGCCGCGCAGCGGUUCGUCAGGGACUUUGAGUAUGCCAGCCGGGAAAGCGCCAAGCAGGCCCGUCUCGGCCCCGUCCUGCACAAGUUGCCUCACCGCAAGCUCAAGAAAGCCGUGCGGGACCUGCGGGAAUAUGUUCGAUUCUAUGUCCACAAGGCGGCGGACGAGAAGAAGAACGGCUCCAAGACCAAAGACCGCGACUACGUGUUCCUCGACGAACUGCUCCUGCAGAACCCCCCGGAGGAGUACACCAUCGAUCAGGUUCUCUCUGUGCUUGUUGCGGGGCGAGACACCACGGCAACGGCCAUGGCGUCUGUCUUCUACUUCUUGGCACGAAGUCCUACUGCGGUGGCCAAACUGAGGGAGGAGAUUAAGACCAUCGAUGGCGAGUACCCAACGUGGGAGCAGUUGAGACACCUAAAGUAUCUCAACAACGUCAUCAAAGAAGCCCUCCGCCUCUUCAGUCCGGUGGCGACCAAUUCAAGGACAGCAGCCAAGGAAACCGUUCUUCCCCGAGGCGGCGGUAAAGACGGCAGCCUGCCGGUCCUCGUCCGCAAGGGCACGCUAGUGCGGUGGUUGAGCCAUUGUUUGCACCGGAACAAGGCUGUUUUUGGGCCAGAUGCCGAUGAAUUCCGGCCAGAACGAUGGGAUGAUCUCAGAGUUGGCUGGGAGUAUAUUCCAUUCAGCGGCGGGCCCCGGAUCUGCCUUGCGCAGCAGUUUGCCUUGACUCAGAUCGCCUACGCUGUGUUCAAAUUUUUCCGGAUCUUCCGGUCUAUCGAGGCCAGGGAUUCGCGGCCCCUCCUGUUGCAGACCAACCUCACGAUUUUCUUUCCUUUUGGUUGUUUAGUAAGUGUAGAGAGGGCUUGA